CCGGCCGGGGAGUCGCGUUUCACUCUGACAUCAGCGGGGCGAGCGAGCCCGCUGGAAAAGCCACUCGGCCGGCGGGGCCCCCCAGCGCAGCCACCCGGCGCCCACCCAGGCCUGAAUGGCUUCUUGGCUUUGAAGAGGGAGAGGCUGCCCUAGGCUCCAGUCUCUAAGUGAUGGUGGCGACCGGACUCCAAGACCCAGACAGCCCGUGAGAAUGUCCAAACCUGCCAACCCGACCCCCUCUCCACUCCUCUUUCUCUUGUUGUGUUUGAGCUGGGCCCUGACAUGGCCCUGCGGGGCGCUGCCCAGUGCCCCGGACUAUCUGCAGCGCGGCUGGCAAAGGCUGCUGGAGGAAGGAGAGAGCUGCUCGGACUGCAGCCCGGAGGAAUGCCCCACCCCCCGGGGAUGCCUGGCAGGCCUGGUGCGGGACCCGUGCGACUGCUGCUGGGAGUGUGCCAACCUGGAGGGGCAGAUCUGCGACCUGGACAACACCAAUCACUUCUACGGGAAGUGCGGGGACCACCUGGAGUGCAAGCUGGACACGGGGGACCUCCGGAAGGGCGAGGUGCCCGAGCCCCAGUGCGCUUGCCUCUCCAGCCAGACCCUGUGCGGCUCUGAUGGGAAGACCUACACCCAGAUCUGCAAGUUCCAGGAGGUGUUUCAUGCCCAUCCCGAGGCAAAUCUCACCGUGGCCCACGAGGGACCCUGUGAAUCAGAGCCCCAGAUCUUGUCUCCUCCCUACGACGUGUGGAAUGUCACCGGGCAGGACGUGAUCUUCGGCUGCGAGGUCUUUGCCUACCCCAUGGCAUCCAUCGAGUGGAGGAAGGACGGCGCGGAGAUCCUGCUGCCGGGAGAUGACCCCCACAUCUCUGUACAGUUCAGGGGCGGCCCCCAGAAGUACGAAGUGACCGGCUGGCUGCAGAUCCAGGGCGUCCGGGUGACGGACGAGGGCACCUACCGCUGCUUCGCCAGGAACAGGGUUGGGGAGGUGGCUGCGCUCGCCAGCUUGACGGUGCUGACGCCGGAUCAGCUGAACAUGACGGGGCUGUCCCUGCCCAGGCCGCGCCCGGGGCCAGAGGAUGACAUGGAGAGUGAGGAGUCGGACGAUUAUUACUAACGGCUGCAGCGGGGAGGUGGGAUCCAGGAGGGAGUCGUCGUCUGCCAGCCUUCCUCCUCUCCGGCAGUCCGAGGCGUGAACCUCUGGGGUGGCGUUUGGGGAGAUCACCGGAGCAGACUCCUCCCCCCCACAUGGAAACUCCUUCUGUAUAAACAGUUUUGGGUUGAGAUCUUUUGGGGUGGGGAUGUCCAUCUUUCAACAUAUCCCUUUGCUGGGUGAAGGGGGCAGCAGGAGGGUGGGGGGAGGGAGGGCUUAUUAGGGGUUUACCGACUCCCAGGAGAGGUGAAUGCUAACGGCACCUGGAACCGUGCAAAGAGGGUCUCCCGAUUCAGAGAAGCUCAGCACACGUGCUGGCUUGGCUACGGGGGCCCAGCAAACAGGAGCUUGGCUAAGCUCCUUUCUGGCUCACCUGGUACCAACAGACCGUGGGGAUCUGAUCAGACACAAGCGAGCCUGGCCACUAAAUGGGGAUGCCACUAAUUGUCCGCUCCGACGUCCGGCUACCAGCUGGUAACCAAAUCAGGCCCUGACGGACCUAGCCGGGAGGUGCUCUUGGUAAUCCUCAGGUGCAACUGGGCCCUUGGUCUUGGGGAGAUUCGGAGCCACUCUCCUAAGACGGAGCCACCCCGUGCCAGCAUUAUUGGGCCCUCCGGGAGCAGAAGGACUCGCUUCCAAGGCUAGGUGCUGUCAUGGUAAGGACCGACAGGCUGGUCCCCGCUGCUGGGGGGCUGGAAAUGGGAUUCAGAUUCCAGCCCCAUGCGGGGCGACACAGAGGGCUUGUCACUAACACGUGAGGAUGACCACGCCCCCUUCCAAGCAGCCUGCAUGUUACCCCCUCUAGCCCCCCGCUGCAGUACGGUGACAGCCAGUCCUGGGGCCACGCUGGGGCCUGCAGCUGGAAUGGGCUCUCGGAGUGCUUUGAUCAGCCUCCGGGGUCAGCACCCAACCGUAGAAAGGUUCCUCUCUCCUGACUCUGGGUGAGACUCUCUCUCCGGUUUAUUAAACCUUUUCUCGUCUCCU